CUGCUUUCUCUCCUACUUCAAAAGGGCUCGUUCCAUCAUGACUUUCGUUGGUUACCUAUUUCGUCAAGUCUUUGUUCAUCCUUCUCAAAUUCCAUCCGAUACCAAUCUCGAAGACCAGACCAUCAUCAUCACUGGUGCAAACUCUGGCAUAGGACUCGAGGCUGCCCGUCAAUGUGUUAGAAUGAAAGCAAAAACACUCAUUCUAGCAGUCCGAUCAUCCUGCAAGGGUGAAGCAGCAAAGAAAGAUAUUCUAAGCACGAAUCCAGGGUCUAGUACCCAAGUUGAGAUAUGGAUCCUAGAUAUGGAAUCUUUCGAGUCUGUCCUUGCGUUUGGAGAACGUGCUUCAGCGUUACCUUUUCUAAACAUCGCAAUGCUUAACGCUGGGGUCUUCAAGUUUGAGUGGACAGUUUCCGAGUCAUCUGGCAUCGAGUCCUCUCUACAAGUUAACCACCUCUCAACAGCACUUCUAUCGCUCCUUCUGUUGCCCGUUCUACGCAAGACCUCUCAGGAAUCUGGGCAUCCGGCUAGAUUGACAAUCACAUCUUCAGAAGUACAUAUGUGGACUCCGUUCAAGGAACAAAAAGCAGAGAAGAUCCUGGAUCGGCUGAAUGACAAGCAGUUCUUUAGCGAUUCUAUGGAUCGAUACAGUGUCAGCAAACUUGUUAGUCUGAUGUGGAUUCGAGAGCUGGCUUCUCGAGUGCCCAGCGAAGCGGUUACGAUUAACCUCAUCAACCCUGGAUCUGUCGAUACGGGACUGCAUAGGGACGGAAACAAAUUUAUUCAGACUUUCGACCGUGUCGUGGGUAGGACGCCAGAGGAAGGUGGACGGUUGCUCAUUGAUGCUGCCGUGGUGAAAGGAGAAAAUACUCAUGGGAAGUAUUUGAGUGAGGCAAAAGUCACGAAUAUGUCCGCUUUUGUUCGAAGCAAAGAGGGAGAAAAGAUUCAGAAACGGCUUUGGGAUGAGACGGCAGUCAUGCUGGAAAGUCAUGUUCCACAGAGCAAACUGGAAGAAAUGCUUCGGAACGUUGACACCAUGGGAGACUAG